UCAAGUUUUUCGAAUAGAGAAAUACUCACCAGUGAGCCCCUGGAAGUCGACAUUCAACGAUGAACGCAGGAAAAAUUCAGAUUGAGGAGCAAAUUUUCAACAGAAAUUACAAAUCCGAUCUAAGCUUCAACAUCCGUUUCAAUUUUUGGAUGUUAAGAUUGGUAGGUUCCUGGCCUAGACCAGUGUAUCACCCAAGGCUGAAAACGAUCGAGAAUGCGUUCUUGCAACUGCUGUGCUAUGUUCUACUUGGCUGCUCUUUGAUUCCCGGUAGUGUCGGCAUCGUGUUCGAGCAGAAAGACCUUUACAUGCAAUUCAAACUAGGUAGUACUCUCGGUUUUAUCUUAAUGGCGGUAUUGAAAUACUAUUUUCUCAACCAUCACGAGGACGAUAUACGUUGGUGUACGGAGUACAUCGACAACGAUUGGAAGAAUGUGAAACAUUACGAGGACCGUAAAAUAAUGUUAGAUAGUGCGAGUUUCUGUCAUCGACUCAUCCUGAUAUGCGGAUUUUUCUCGUACGGGUCCGUGAUCUUCUUUUGUAUCAUCCUACCUCUCACACAAGGGAGAAUCGUGGAAGAAGGUGGCAAUUUGACUUACAUCAUGCCGUCUAUCUAUUUUCCAAUGACAAUCUUGGACUUUCGCCACAGUCCGUACAACGAAAUUAUUUGCAUGGUACAAUUGUUAUCGUCAUUCGUGUGCAAUAGUAUUACGGUGACUGCUUGCGCUCUAGCUGCACUUCUCGCAAUGCAUGCCUGUGGACAAAUACAGGUUUUGAUGAGUUGGAUGGAGAAUUUGGUGGACGGACGUGAAAAAAACAUCGAUAGUCUGGAUCAGAGGCUAGCUAAUAUCGUGGAGCUACAUGUCCGGAUAGUUAAGUUUUUCAGUUUCAUAGCUCGCACGGACAAUCUGUUACGCGAGAUAUCGCUAAUAGAAUUCGUGGGAUGCACUAUAAUUAUGUGUUUCGUAGGAUACUAUACAAUGAUGGAAUGGAGUUUUACACAACCUGUUAGUGGCCUGACGUGGAUAAUAGUACUCAUAUCAAUCACAUUUAACAUUUUCAUAUUCUGUUACAUCGGUGAACUAUUAGUACAAGAGACAAUAAAAAUUAGCGAAAAGUCUUAUAUGAUCGAGUGGUACCGAAUGCCUGGAAAAACACAGCUCGCUAUACCACUAAUAAUUUCUAUGUCACGUUCCACCAUGAAGAUCACCGCCGGCAACAUCAUUGAACUCUCCGUUAGUAGUUUUGCUGACGUGAGUAUCGCAGUAGACGUGCACAAAUUAAAAAUAAAUCAGGCAUGUCCAAACUGCUGUUUUAAGGAUGGGAGCGCUCUCGCUGAUUUUCGAGCAGGAUGAUGACUCGAGCAUGGAGCAGAGUGUUGUAAAGUAGUCGGGAAAUCACAUUGUAUUAAUCUUAUUAUUCUUCUAAAGAGAAAGCAUUCGUUUGUAUGUUAGCAAAAGUCUCAAAAACGGCUGAAGAAUUUGCA